AUGAUGGAACGGCUUUGGUUCUCUUUGCUGUUGCUGGCAGCAGCCUGCAGGGGGCAGCCGUGUCCGAAGCGCUGCAUGUGCCAGAGCCUUUCUCCAUCGCUGGCCAUCCUCUGCUCCAAGACAGGCUUGCUGUUUGUUCCCACUGCCAUCGACCGGCGCACCGUCGAGUUACGGCUUCAAGAGAACUUCAUCACUGCUGUCCGAAGGAAGGACUUUGCCAACAUGACCAGCCUGCUACAUCUGACCCUGUCCAGAAACACAAUCAGUCAAAUCCUCCCUUCAGCCUUCAGUGACCUUCGACGACUCAGAGCUCUCCAUCUCGACUCUAACAGAUUAACAGUGAUUAAGGAUGACCAUUUCAAAGGCCUGACCAACCUUCGCCAUCUGAUCCUGGCCAACAACCAGCUGCACUCCAUUUCUCCCCAUGCCUUUGAUGACUUCCUGUCCACACUGGAGGAUCUGGAUCUCAGCUACAACAACCUUGCCCAGGUGCCCUGGGACACGGUCGGGCGCCUGACCAAUGUCAAUACCCUUAACAUGGACCAUAACCUCAUAGAAAACGUUCCUCAAGGGGUCUUCACCAACCUACACAAACUGGCCAGGCUAGAUAUGACAUCCAACAAACUGAAGAAAAUUCCUCCAGACCCACUGUUCCUGAGAAUCCCAGUUUAUGCCAAGUCCAAAGGCUCUCCUCUGUCCUCUCUGGUAUUGAGCUUCGGUGGAAACCCCCUUCACUGUAACUGUGAGCUCCUCUGGUUGAGGAGACUGACCAGGGAAGAUGACUUAGAGACAUGCGCAUCUCCUCCUGACCUCAGUGCCAAGUACUUUUGGACCAUACCUGAAGAGGAGUUUAUUUGUGACCCACCAGUGCUAACUCGUAAGUCACCCCAUACAGUGGCCUUGGAAGGCCAGCCUGCUAGCCUUAAGUGCAAAGCCAAUGGAGACCCAGAGCCUGAAGUUCACUGGAUCAGCCCUGAAGGACGACUCAUUUCAAAUGGCUCCAGAACCUUGGUUUUCCCCAAUGGAAGCCUGGAGAUCAAUGUGACUGCCCUGAAGGAUUCUGGGAAUUUCACCUGCAUUGCCACCAAUGCCGCAGGCGAGUCCACAGGGAGGGUGGAACUAGUUGUCACGGCGAUGCCUCAUCUUGCCAACAGCACAAGCCGCAGCCGUGACCCCUCCUCUGAACCUGCCCCCUCGGACAUCCUAACCUCCUCCAAGGUGGCGUUGCCAAACAAUGAGACACGGGGGGCAGAGCGGAGGGUUUCAUUGGUGGAGCUGACGGGAAACUCUGCCCUCAUCAGAUGGACCAGUCAGAGUACUGUAUCAGGAGUCAGAAUGUUCCAGGUCCAGUACAACAGCUCUGGGGAUGACACACUGGUCUACAGGAUGAUUCCAUCCAGCAGCAACGACUUCCUGGUUCGUGACCUAGCUGCUGGGCGCACCUACGAUCUUUGCGUAUUGGCUGUUUUUGAUGAUGUCAUCACAUCACUGACUGCCACCCGGCCUUUGGGCUGUUUAUCAUUCACCACAGACACAGAGUUCAGCCAGUGCCAGGCCUUGCACAGCCACUUCCUGGGUGGGACCAUGAUAAUCAUCAUCGGUGGGAUUAUUGUGGCCUCUGUGCUGGUUUUUAUCAUCAUCUUGAUGAUAAGAUAUAAGGUUUACAGCCACCAAGGAGCAGGCCAUGGAAAAGCAGCCAUUGCAGCAACAGCGCCAAGACCACAGAGCAAUGGACAAGGGGGAGGGGGGCAGGUUCAAGUCCUCCCUCGCUCUGCUUCCAAAAUGACUGACAGUCAGGAUGACCAACUGCUGGGGCCGUCCAGGGCCAUGUCGCCUAGCAACACCCUGAGAGACACUGUGGCAUUGGUGGAGGAGGAGAGCAGUGGACGGGGCCUAAUGACUAGAACUGACUCUUUGGCCAAUGAGGAGUUGCUGUCACCCACCAAGGCCCGCCUCUCCUCCAGGGUCGCCAUCGAGAUGAAAAGCAGGCCGCCAUCUGUCGCCAAAGAGCCCACCUCCCCCAAGGAUCUGGCAGCAGCAGAUGACAGGCGGCCUCGUAGUGUCGAAUGGAGCGACUUUAAGAUCUGAAGGUCUCUUGGCCUCGCAAAGAGAGAGCGCCAACACUGCACACCAAGAAACCCUGAUGCUGUGCUGAGGAGGAGACGUGGAGAGUGGACGUCACCACCAAGGAUAACCGGUGAAACCCUGAAGACCUAAGGCCCUUGCUCCUUCCCCCAUACCUCCUGUUUACUGCACCCAUCACUUUGUCUCCAUGAAUACCAUGGGGUUAUACACUUGUACUGUCUUGUUUAGCCGGUUGCUAUUUUAACUGGUUAACCCGGGUCUUUUGUCUGGAUUGGAUGUCUGUUUGGCUAUUGAUUGUCCAGUCACUGCCGGAUCCAGCUGCCAAUGUGAUCGAUUUAAUCAGUAUUAUGAAAUGCACUCACCAAACACUGAAUCCACUUUAAAACAUCUGUAUCAAUGUGGAAACGAAUAUGGUGCAGGUUGGUAAUGAAAAACAAACAAACAAACAAACAAACAAAAAACAUAAAAAGGCCUCUUGAUAUGUCAUGAGAUAAGUAUGGACAGAAAAUAUGAGUGCACUUAUCACCAUCUGGAGUUGCAUCAACAUGCAUGGACAGAUAAUAAAUUGAAUGCAUAAUAAAACCAGAUGGACAAACACUGAAAUGGCUGAGCAGUAAAAAUUGGAUGGAUAGAUAACAAAACCUAAUGUGGAUAUA